AGCGUUGCCUCUACCCCUCCCGCUUUAUCUCCUCGUUUCUGUGUGCAGGCGAGCUUCUUGGCCUGCGGGCAGGAAGAGAUGGCAGCGGCGGAGACGCAGCUCUACGCCAAGGUCUCCAACAAGCUCAAGGGCCGCAGCACCCCCUUGCUCCUGGAGCCCCUCCUGGCCAUGGGCUUCCCGGUGCACACCUCGUUGAAAGCGCUGGCAGCCACAGGCAGGAAGACGGCGGAAGAGGCCUUGGCCUGGCUGCACGGUCAUUGCAAUGACCCUUCCCUAGACGACCCCAUCCCCCAGGAGUAUGCCCUUUUCCUCUGUCCAACGGGGCCCCUGCUGGAAAAACUUCAAGAGUUCUGGAGAGAGAGCAAGCGCCAGUGUGCAAAGAACAGAGCUCACGAGGUCUUCCCACACGUGACACUCUGUGACUUCUUCACGUGUGAAGACCAGAAGGUGGAGUGCCUGUACGAGGCGCUGAAGAGAGCUGGAGACAGGCUCCUGGGCUCCUUCCCCAUGGCCGUGCCCCUGGCUCUCCACUCCUCCAUCAGCUACCUCGGCUUCUUCCUCAAUGGCGGCCCCGCAGACGUCAUUCGGGAAUUCGCCAUGACCUUCGCCACAGAAGCAUCUCUCUUAGCAGACUGUACCGUGAAGCCGUGCACCAAGCAGCUGCAUCUGACCUUGGCCCACAAGUUCUACCCCCACCACCAGAGGACGCUGGAGCAGCUGGCCAGAGCCAUCCCCCUGGGCCACGGCUGCCAGUGGACGGCAGCCCUCUACUCCCGAGACAUGCGCUUCGUGCACUACCAGACCCUGAGAGCCCUGUUCCAGUACCAACCCCAGAAUGCGGACGAGCUGAUGCUAAGUCCUGGCGACUACAUCUUUGUGGACCCCACGCAGCAGGACGAAGCCAGCGAGGGCUGGGUGAUUGGGAUCUCACAGCGGACAGGUUGCCGGGGCUUCCUGCCAGAAAACUACACGGAUCGAGCCAGCGAGUCUGACACCUGGGUUAAGCACAGGACGUACACCUUCAAUCUAGCCGCGGACCUGAACUCCAGAAAGGACGGGGAGGCCAGCAGCAGACGCGGUGGGGAGUUCCUUUCACAAACAGCCCGGAGUCUCAGUGGCAUACAGGCCUUGCAGGCCACAGUUGCAAGGAAGAGCGUGCUGGUGGUUCGCCACGGGGAGAGGGUGGAUCAGAUCUUCGGGAAGUCAUGGCUGCAGCAAUGCUCCACUCCUGACGGGAAGUACUACAGGCCAGACCUGAACUUCCCUUGCAGUCUGCCCAGACGGAGUCGUGGGAUCAAAGACUUUGAAAAUGAUCCCCCAUUAUCAUCGUGCGGCAUUUUCCAGUCCAGAAUUGCAGGGGAUGCGCUACUGGACAGCGGUAUCAGAAUCAGCUCUGUGUUUGCCUCCCCAGCCCUCCGCUGUGUGCAGACGGCCAAACUCAUCCUGGAAGAACUCAAACUGGAGAAAAAAAUCAAGAUACGAGUGGAGCCGGGAAUAUUUGAAUGGACGAAAUGGGAAGCUGGCAAAACCAGCCCAACCCUCAUGAGCGUGGAGGAGCUGAGGGAGGCGCAUUUCAACAUCGACACUGAUUACAGGCCUGCGUUUCCCCUGUCCGCCCUCAGGCCGGCCGAGAGCUACCAGGAGUACGUGGACAGGUGCACAGCGAGUGUACUGCAAAUCGUCGACACGCGUCUGCAGGACACAGGUGUCAUCCUAAUUGUGAGUCACGGCUCCGCGCUGGAUUCCUGCACUCGGCCACUGCUGGGGCUGCCGCCUCGGGAGUGCGGGGAUUUUGCCCAGCUCGUGAGAAAGAUCCCUUCCCUGGGCAUGUGCUUCUGUGAAGAAAAUAAAGAGGAAGGAAAAUGGGAGUUGGUCAACCCACCAGUGAAGACCCUGACCCACGGGGCGAACGCAGCAUUUAACUGGAGGAACUGGAUCUCAGGCAACUGAGAGCCACGGCGACAUUCUCAUCACCUCGGAGUGGAGAGGCAGAGACCACGUGCAGAGGCUGGGAGACGCCGCUCUUUCCAAGGUGUCUCAGUCUCACCCAGUGUGAUUUGUAGAAGCACAGGAUGCACUUUUAUGUUCCAGAACAUUUCCCACCAGCUUUCACCUCUGUGACUCCCAUCCAUGGACCUGUCGUCCACCAGCCCAGCUGCAGGGAGCCCAGGGCAGAUGGCUGGGUGAGGACACCACCCUGUGGCAGGCGCACCGAGUGUCUGCAGCUGGGGAAACAACCACCUGGGACUCUAACUUCAGGAACUCAAGACUCACGGCACACGAAGGAUCCGGCCGCCUCAUUGUCUAUGGUCUGAUCGCUAAGCUCCCAAUCGUUUUUCCUUUUUCUGUCCCCAUCACUCUUUAGCCAGAUCCACACAGGCUGCAACAAGUGCAACAGCCAAUAAAAUGGUCCCAGAAAACCGUCUACCAGAUCAAAGCCGGGCUGCUGCUCUGUGCCGUCAACACUCAUGUUACUGUGUCUCUGCUGCUGCUGUGACCAGUGACCAAAACCCUGGUGGUCAUGGAAAGAACACGAACUUAACACACACACACACACAUGUGCAUCCACACAUAUGCAUGCACACAAACAAGUGCACGUACACACACAUGCAUAUGCACAUGCAUGCACACGCACACAAACAUGCACACACAUGCAAAACAUGCACGCAAACAUGCACACACAUGCAAAACACGCACACACAUGCAAACAUGCACACAUGUACAUGUGUACAUGCAUGCAGGCACACAGACAUGCACACAAAUACACAUGCACACACACAAAGGCACACACAUGUACAUGAACACACAUGCUCACAUGCAUGCACACCCAUGCAUGGAUACACACGUGCAUGCACACGCAUGCAAACACAUCCACAUACACAUGUGUGCACACAUGCACACGCACACUUUUGAGCACAUGCACGGGUACACAAACACACAAACACGUGCAUACACACAUGCAUGCAUGCAGACUUGCACACAAACACAUGCACACAAAGCCACAUGCACACGGGCACUCACACACUCCCAUGCACACACACACGCUUUUCCCCUACAGUUCUGGAGGUAGGAUUUUGUCGGCAGGCUACGUUCCUUCUGGAGGCCCCAGGGAGGAUCCUUUCCUUGCCCUUUUUCUCUCUUGGAGGCCACCUGCAUCCUCCCUCCUCAAGGAGAGCAGCAUAGCAGCCUCCAAGCUCUCUCGGUCUCUGAACAGCCACAUCGCCUCCUGCCCCUGCCCCUCCUGCCUCCCUCCUACAAGGGCCCUUGUGGUGACAUUAGGCCCACCCAAUAACCCAGGAUCAAUUCUCAUCUCAAGAGCCUCCACCACACUUGUAAAGUCGCUUUUGCCACAUGGCGUUCCAUAUUUCCAGGUUCCAGGGAUUAGGACAUGACCAUCUUUUGGGGUCAUCCCAUAGCCUGCCAUGACAUACCCCAAUCCUUCCAAGCACAGGGGAGCUGCUCACACAGGGCCUCGGGCAUAGGGAUUUGAGACGCUCCCCUGGCAGGCCUUUUUUGGCUUCUCCUAUUCUUGUUUCUGAUCAUGUAGAGGUGAGAAGAGGACUUUGCCACUGGGAGGAGUGGGCUCCCCUGAUUUAACGGUGACCCAGAAGAAGGGCCACCAGCAAAGUGGAGUCUGCCCGUGAUGGUGAUGCUGAGGAAGCUGGUCCCGCAGGGAACGGGACCCCCCCGGUGGGGAGUCUCAUGCCCCAGCCCACGGGUCACUCCUGCUCCCAGAGCCCACACG